AUGUCUGAUAAUCUCUCCUCCGUCUCCCCCUCCAGCUCAGAUGGGCAGCCCCGCACACGCACCCCAGCAAUUCCCGCCUCUUCGCGAAACUCUACAGGUGCUCCACGCUCGGUCACCAGCCUACUUAUAAAUCGCACACCGGGCUCAACGCCCAUCCCCCCAUCCCUCCAGGCCAAGAUGGCUGCGAUGGCAAACCGGGCUUCCCAAUCCCCCGUCCCGAGCAUGGAUGCCGCAACAUCUGCAUUCAAACGCGCAGCCCUCAAUGACUCGAUGUCCUCGAAUCCGAUAUUCCGACAGUUUCCAUCUUCCCCAGUACCACCCAACGGUAGUCCUACACGAGCAACGCCUCCGGCUCUCAGGGGCGGCGCUAUAGGCUCCCGCCGGAACAAGCCAGGCUUCAAACUGAGCGACAUUACCGGCGACUCAUCCGCUUCUACCGCUGGCGCUGCUGGUGCCGGCUUGGGUGCAGGCGCGCCGAGCUUGGCUAGGAAUCAAGAGUGGCCACCACGCCGGCCACAGGCGGCCCUCGGAACACCAUUCUCCAACUUUGGGAAGAUUGUAGACCCUUCAGGCGCGCUGAACUUUGGCGGCAAAGCCGUCCUGCAUGCGUCUGGUGUUGACUUUUCGAACGGUUCGUCGUUCACGAUCAAUAUGAACCAGCUGCAGCUAGAAGACGAGCUCGGUCGCGGAGCCUACGGGACCGUUCAGAGGGUUUUACACAAACCAACAAACGUCGCGAUGGCAAUGAAGGAGAUUCGCUUGGAGCUAGACGAGUCUAAGCUUAAUGCGAUCAUCAUGGAACUCGAUAUCCUUCAUCGGGCGAUACACCGUUCCAUCAUCGAGUUUUACGGCGCCUUUUUCAUCGAAUCGUGCGUCUAUUACUGCAUGGAGUACAUGGACGCUGGCAGCCUCGACAAACUUUGCGGUGCCGGUGUACCCGAAGAUGUCUUGGGACGCAUUGUGAGUAGCAUGGUGCACGGACUCAAAUUCCUGAAGGACAACCUUCAGAUCAUCCACAGAGAUGUGAAGCCUACGAACGUGCUUGUCAACAAAAAGGGCGAGAUCAAACUGUGUGACUUUGGGGUAUCCGGGCAGCUCGAGAAAUCCCUCGCUAAAACAAACAUUGGAUGCCAGAGCUACAUGGCCCCGGAACGUAUUCAGGGCGAGUCGCAGAAUUCCUUGACCACAUACACUGUCUCGUCCGAUGUGUGGUCGCUUGGCCUGGCGACAAUUGAAAUCGCAAUUGGGCAGUACCCAUACCCGCCAGAGACAUACUCAAACGUAUUUGCUCAGUUGACGGCCAUUGUGCAUGGCGAUCCGCCGGAACUCCCUGACACAUAUUCGGAGAGCGCGAGGGACUGGGUCGCGUGCUGUCUGGUUAAACGACCUGAGGGGAGGGCCAGUUACGCAGAGUUGCUGGAACAUAGCUUUUUGCUCGACGACUCCAGACGCAAGGUCGAUAUGCGUGACUGGGUCAAGCGCGCGCUGGCGUGGCGCGAGGCUCAGAAGGAGACUGCUCUUGCCGUCAACACGGCUGCGGGCGAAUCUUCCUGA